AUGGGCAGAAAGAAGUCACCCGCUAUUUGGAUCUCAGCCGUCGUUGCUACCUCAAUUGCAGCAGCUGGCUAUGAGUUCUACAAGUACCUUACCAAGGACGAUGAACAAACCAUCAGUGCAUCCAAGUUUACCAACAAGUCCAUUGCAUUAACGUUGCUGCAUUCGGUGCUCAGCUCCGACUUGCCGCUAGAAGAGAUAAUCAUGAAUUCACAGAACGUCACUUUCAUUCUUCCCCCACAUCUUUCGGUCGACGACUUGGCCGGGAACAUUGAUACAUCACAGACUGGAUUGUCGCAGACACUUCUCAAUAACUAUAAGCUCCUCCGGUGCUCCAACAUUGAUGGGUAUUUCCAUAUGCUCAAAAACCUCAAACCUGAUACGUUGAUUGUGUGUGCGGACGAUUUGGGCAUUCAUGACAAGAUGCCUAAGGACUUGCCUCGGUUCGUGAAAGAGGUGGUCACCUUGGACCAGAACAAAGAGCGGGUAUCAUCGAUCUUGACCAAGGUGUUCUUACGUUAG